AUGCUUGUAUGGAGUUGUAAACUUCCUGAAACAGCUCAAUCCAAAGGAAAGGUGUGCUGUCUGGAGGAGAAGCCCGGGGACGGGGGCAAGCUGGCCCGAGCCUUGGGGAACUAUGCCACCGUCAUCUCCCACAACCCGGUGACCAAGAAGACCCGCGUGAAGCUGCCCUUGGGCUCAAAGAAGGUCAUUUCUUCAGCCAACAGAGGUGUGGUCGGUGUGGUGGCCGGAGGUGGCCGCGUCGACAAGCCCAUUCUGAAGGCUGGCCGUGCCUACCACAAGUACAAGGCAAAGAGGAAUUGCUGGCCACGUGUGCGGGGAGUGGCCACGAACCCUGUGGAGCAUCCUUUUGGAGGUGGCAACCACCAGCACAUUGGCAAACCCUCCACUAUCCGCAGAGAUGCCCCUGCUGGCCACAAAGUGGGUCUUAUUGCUGCCCGCCGGACUGGGCGUCUCCAGGGAACCAAGACUGUGCAGGAGAAGGAGAACUAGGGUUGAGGGGCUCAAUAAAGUGUGUCCUUCUGCCA